GGAGAACCUGCGCUGCUGCUCACACGACGCAGCAAGACGCACAGUGGGACGGGUCAGUACGCAGAGGCGAAGGCAAGAACAUCGACGGUUUUUGAGUGGACCUUCCCAAAAUAUCGUGGGAAGAGAUGGUUUUUUCUUCAGGACUGACAUAACAUUCAAAGCCGACACGCUGAACAUGGCCCCAAAUUCCAUCCACUGGUUCCGGAAGGGCCUACGUCUCCAUGACAACCCUGCACUUCAGGAGGCAGUGCGGGGUGCAGGUACUCUCCGCUGUGUUUACUUCCUGGACCCCUGGUUUGCUGGGUCCUCCAACCUUGGGGUCAACAGGUGGAGAUUUCUCCUUCAGUGCCUAGAUGAUCUUGACUCCAGUCUCCGGAAGCUCAAUUCACGCCUUUUUGUUAUCCGAGGUCAACCAGCCAACGUUUUUCCACGACUGUUUAAGGAGUGGGAAAUAUCCAGGUUGACCUUUGAGUAUGACUCAGAACCUUUUGGAAAGGAGCGGGAUGCUGCCAUUAAGAAGCUUGCAAUGGAGGCUGGGGUGGAAGUCAUUGUCAAGAUCUCACAUACACUUUACAAUCUGGACAAAAUCAUUGAGUUAAAUGGAGGUCAGCCACCCCUCACCUACAAGCGUUUCCAGACUCUGAUCAGCCGUAUGGACCCACCAGAGAUGCCAGUGGAGACCUUGUCUAGCACCCUUAUGGGCUGCUGCGUCACACCUCUAUCUGAAGACCAUGGGGACAAAUAUGGCGUGCCUUCUCUUGAAGAGCUGGGCUUUGACACAGAAGGACUACCCUCUGCUGUGUGGCCAGGCGGGGAGACAGAAGCACUAACAAGGAUUGAGAGACACCUAGAGAGAAAGGCUUGGGUGGCCAACUUUGAGAGGCCAAGGAUGAAUGCCAACUCCCUGCUGGCCAGCCCCACAGGCCUGAGCCCUUACCUUCGCUUUGGCUGCCUCUCCUGUCGCCUCUUCUAUUUCAAACUCACAGAUCUCUACAGAAAGGUAAAGAAGACCAGUACCCCUCCCCUCUCCCUUUAUGGUCAGCUGCUUUGGCGAGAAUUUUUUUACACUGCUGCUACCACCAACCCACGAUUUGACAAGAUGGAGGGCAAUCCCAUCUGCGUGCGCAUUCCCUGGGAUAAGAACCCAGAGGCACUGGCCAAAUGGGCUGAGGCUAAGACUGGUUUUCCAUGGAUUGAUGCUAUCAUGACCCAACUGAGGCAGGAGGGCUGGAUCCAUCACCUGGCUCGUCAUGCUGUGGCUUGCUUUCUCACCCGAGGAGACCUGUGGAUCAGUUGGGAGGAGGGAAUGAAGGUUUUUGAGGAGCUCCUACUGGAUGCAGACUGGAGUGUGAAUGCGGGCAGCUGGAUGUGGCUCUCUUGUAGCUCAUUCUUUCAGCAGUUUUUCCACUGCUACUGUCCAGUAGGGUUUGGUCGGCGCACUGACCCUAACGGGGACUUUAUUAGACGCUAUUUACCUAUUCUUCGAGGUUUUCCGGCCAAGUAUAUCUACGAUCCAUGGAACGCCCCAGAUUCAGUGCAGACUGCAGCAAAGUGCAUCAUUGGAGUCCAUUACCCAAAGCCCAUGGUGAACCAUGCAGAGGCCAGUCGCCUUAACAUUGAAAGAAUGAAACAGAUCUACCAGCAACUUUCCCGUUAUAGGGGACUGGGACUUCUGGCUUCAGUGCCAUCUACGCACAACGGGAAUGGGAACGGGAUGGCCUACUCUCCAGGAGAACAGCAGUCUGGGACCAGCACACCAGCACCAGCCGUGUCAGGCAGCUCGGUUGCCAGUGGUAACCGGAGUGGAAGUAUUCUGCUGAACUUUGACAGUGAGGACCAGGGACCAAGCAGAAUGCAGCAGCAACAAAAGCUAGGACGUGUGCUUCACACAGCAGCACAGCGUGUCACAUGUAAGAGGGAGCGAGAAUCGGAACGAGACACUGAAGGAGACGACACACUCGUCACCUCUAACAAGCUACCGCGACAAAUGACAGAGAUCUCUACUGUGCACUGCACCAAUGGCAACCAACCUGAUAUGUAGAGCUAGAUGGACAUAUCAAACUGAAGUGAACAUGGAAGCAACCACUGGUUUCAAUAUGAAGACUUUUUCUUUCUUUGUUUUUGAAGGAAUUGGGAAUUGGAUGCUGGGCCAUAUGGCUUAUUAAUAACCUGAAUGGUCAGUUAUAAAGAAGGUGAAUGUAUAUGACACAGAGAAACUGGUCAUUUCCCAUUCAGAACAAUAUAUAUUUAUUUUUUUGUUGGCAACAUUUUUGUCAGUUAAUGCAGGUAAAUACUAUUUUUUUUUUUCCAGGAGAAUAUGCUACUGGCUCUAGAGUAUUUUGUAAAUCUGGAAAUCUUUUAUAUAAAGAAGAAUCUAAAAGACAUCAGAUCUUUGCAGCAGCCAGCAUAUGAGUAUUUAUAUGCAUUAAUGAGUCUUACUCACACUAUGCUAAUUACAUUUGAAUGCAAAAGUUUGCAUACUCUUACUUUUAAAUAAUAAAAUCAACAAUGCAACAUUUACUGAGAGUAAAAAGUUUCUUGAUAUUUCAGAAUGUGAUGUAAAUAUGUUAUUGUUAUUUCUGUAAUUCCGCUUGCCUCUAAAACGCAUUUUCAGGAUUUUUGUGUAUCACUGACAAAAAGCAUUUUUUAAAGAAUAUUUUUCCACUCUUUGUUUAUGUUUUUGUCUUUUUUUCCCUUUCAUUUUACUACUAGUAAUAGUGUCACUAAAACACUUUUUUAUUACACUCUUCACCAGUUUUGUAACGGUCAGUAUUUUCCAUUUUAGGUCAUUUUUACGGCUACUGACUCAUAACUGUUUAUAGCGUAAAUAAGAAUUAGCAAAGUAAAAAUGUUAUCUGGUUAAUUAAGCACAUUAAAACAAAUCAGAGCAUGUCAUUGGAGGUGUGAACUUUUUCAAAUUGCUAAUAUUGAUAAGAGCAACGAAAGUGCUGUAAUUUGAACCUUAAAAAAAAGCAUGUUAUGUUUUGUAAACAGAAACCAUAAAACAAGAGGAAUGCAAACUUUUGCACUCAAAUGUGUAUUAAUUAAUAUGGUUGUCACUGUUUUCUCAUUUUUAAAGUCACACUUUGCUCUAUUUUAUAUUUGUAAGAGAUAAAGAGAAUUAUAAUAAUGCUAUUUUGUUCAUUUAUGUCAGGCUUUAUUCAAGGCAGUGUUCAAAAGAACAAAACGUCCUGGACACUAGUAUUGUAAAUAAUGUACGUUCAUUGUUAGAUUCUUGUGGUGAUAUUGUUUCAGUUAGAAAAGCAGUAUGUUUAUUGAAGUGCCCGUUUCGUUUUAUUUAGGAUUGAACGAACGUCAUUCUAGAGUGCUUCAUAGUAUAGUAGUCUUAGAGAAACAAACCUUUAUUGUUUUUUUUGUUUGUUUGUUUGUUCGUUUGUUUGUUUUUAAGGACCUUCUGGUCCCACCUCACAGCCAGCAAAUGCCUAAAGCACAACAAAAUACUGUUAAUGAAUGGGAGUAACUGGAGAUUGUGUUCAUACCAGCUAUUCAUCAUAAUACAGAUGCAUAAAAUAUGUCAUGUCAAUCUACUUUUAUAUACCUUUUCUCCCCAUUCUUUUUUGCAUUAAGAAACUUAUUCACUGUAAAUCAGUUCUACUUGAACAUGUGUGGAGGCAUUCCAAAGGCGUCUUUAUUUUCCUCCUGCUGAGAGUUUGUAUGCUUCUCCAAACUGAUGGAGUAAUGAGCCAUUUUUUUUUUUUUUUUUUGGAGUAAAUGACUUUUUUUUAAUAUCGAACAGUUAGAAAACCCAACAGUAAAUAGUACAGCUAUUUCCAAAGGUUUUUUUCUGCAUAUACCAAAAUAACAGAGUAGAAAUCACAAAAAUGUCUUUGUACAAAAACACAGAAGAAAACUUUUAAUACAUAAUACAUAAUUUUUGAAAGCACUUAAGGUGCAAAAUUGGGCAUUGUGCUUCUCUUAAAUAAUGUAUGUAUCUAAUUGCUACUGAUUUUUAAUUUUUUUUGCUGGUCAGUUGAUCAGUGUCCGUCUUAAAGCAGUUCCAUUUGCAUACACGUUUACAAUGUCAACAGUCCAGGUGCCCAGUAAGAGUUCUUUCUCUAUAACAUGUAAAUAUAGGCCAUGAACCUUAUUCCUAUGUGUGCAGUGGUUAAUCAGUGGUAACUGAUGCGUAAUUUGCUGAAUUUGUCUUUGUGCUGUUCUGACUGCUGUUGGAGUAGUAGCAUCUGUACUGCGAUUGAUGUAGAAAAAAGACUGUUACUACCAAGUGUAAGGAUGCACCUACUGGGGUGUAAGGACUUCAAUUUCGAAUGUUGAGAGCGCUUUUGAACUCAUUCCUGUGUGCUGUUGUAGUUCUCUAUAUUUGUCACCACAAAAUAAGACAAGUCUUUUUCCUCUACUUGGAUUUGUUUUGUUCAUUUUAUUUCCUUUCUGUGAAAUGUGUUUGACUUGACACUUUCUACCUAUCCUCUAGUCUUUAAAAAGUCCUUGUGCAAAAUGAGGUUGAAGACAGAAGUAAAGUGUUGAACCAUUCAGUUCUUUUUGUUA